CGCCCAUUUCCUCAUGGCCUCUCCCUCUUAAACUCUCCGCCCUUGGAGGCGUUUCAAAUUAGCUACACAGACUAUGAUGAACGAACAUCGGUUGCAUCUAAAUAGCUAGCAAGCCAACAUCUUUUUGCCUCAAGAUAGACUGACAGAUAUCUUGGCUAAAGACAAAACCCACCAGAAGGCACCAUGGGUGACGACAGUGAGUGGAUAAAGUUGCCCAUCGACCAGAAAUGUGAACACAAGCUAUGGAAGGCCAGACUGAACGGGUAUGAAGAGUCCCUGAAGCUGUUUCAAAGGAUUGAGGACGAGAAGAGCCCAGAAUGGGGGAAGUACCUGGGCCUCAUCAAGAAGUUUGUAACCGACUCCAAUGCCAUGGCCCAACUCAAGGGCCUGGAGGCAGCGCUGGCUUACAUUGAGAAGGCCCAUGUGGCUGCCAAAACCACGGGGGAGGUGGUCUCUGGAGUGGUCACAAAGGUGUUCAACCAGCCCAAGGCACGAGCCAAGGAGCUGGGGAUGGACAUCUGCCUCAUGUACAUAGAGAUGGAGAAGGCUGAGGUGGUCCAGGACGAGCUACUGAAAGGCCUCGACAACAAAAACCCUAAGAUUAUCGUAUCGUGCAUUGAAACAUUAAGGAAGGGACUUAGUGAGUUUGGCUCCAAGAUAAUCACUCUGAAGCCUGUGGUGAAAGUGUUGCCAAAGCAGUUUGAGUCUCGAGAGAAGGCAGUUCGAGACGAGGCCAAAUUAUUAGCAGUCGAGAUUUACAGAUGGAUCCGGGAUGCCCUGCGUCCCCCCCUCCAGAACAUUAACUCUGUACAGCUGAAGGAGCUGGAGGAGGAGUGGGUGAAGCUGCCAUCCUCCGCCCCCAAGCAGAGCCGCUUCUUGCGCUCCCAGCAGGACCUGAAGGCCAAGUUUGAACAGCAGCAAGCUUCCCAGGGGGACGAGGUGGAUGGAGAUGACGACGACGGCGAGCCAGCAGUACAGGUCGAUCCCUACGAGCUCCUGGAGCCUGUGGAGAUCCUGUCCAAAAUACCUAAAGACUUCUAUGAUAAAAUAGAGGCCAAAAAGUGGCAGGAGAGGAAGGAGGUGUUGGAGGCGGUAGAGAUCCUGGUGAAGAAUCCUAAACUGGAGAACGGGGACUUUGGGGACUUGGUCCGAGCACUAAAAAAGGUGGUGGGUAAAGAUGCCAACGUCAUGCUGGUCACCCUGGCUGCCAAAUGUUUGGCUGGAUUAGCCGCUGGACUACGCAAGAAGUUUGGAACAUAUGCCGGAUUAGUGGUGCCAACUAUCCUCGAGAAGUUCAAAGAGAAGAAACCUCAGGUGGUCCAAGCCCUGCAGGAAGCUAUAGAUGCAGUGUUCCUAACGACGACCCUCCAGAAUCUUAGCGAGGAUAUUCUGGGUGUGAUGGAUAACAAGAACCCCUCCAUCAAACAGCAAGCCUCUCUGUUCCUGGCUAGAAGUUUCCGGCACUGUACCACGUCCACCUUGCCAAAGAGCGUUCUCAAGCCAUUCUGCGCUGCGUUACUCAAGCAAGUGAAUGAUUCUGCCCCAGAGGUGAGGGACGCUGCAUUUGAGGCUCUGGGCACCGCUAUGAGGGUUGUCGGGGAGAAAGCAGUCAACCCCUUCCUGACUGACCUAGAUAAAUUAAAACUAGACAAGAUAAAAGAAUGUGCUGAUAAGGUGGAGCUACCCGGGGGGAAGAAGGCAGGAGGAGGUGGGGGGGCAGAGAAGAAAGAGAAGCCUGCCUCCAAGGCCCCUGCCCCUGCUGAGGCUCCAUCCAGGUCCUCUGGACCCCCCAGGAAGGCCCUGGCGGCCAUCAAGUCUUCUGGGCCUCCUAAGAAAGGCAAAUCAACCUCUGCUCCUGCUGGUAAAGGGAAGAAGGGUUUGGAGACCAAGGAGGUGAUAGAGACUGAGCUUUCGUUGGAGGUGUGUGAGGAGAGGUCAGCGGUGGUGCUCCCAGCCUCCUGCAUGCAGCUGCUGGACAGUGCCAACUGGAAGGAGCGCCUGGCCAGCAUGGAGGAGUUUCAGAGGGCUGUGGAGCAGAUGGACAGCGCUGAGAUGCCUUGUCAGGCUCUUGUCAAGAUGCUGGCUAAGAAGCCAGGAUGGAAGGAGACUAACUUUCAGGUGAUGCAGAUGAAGCUGCACAUCGUGGGCCUCGUGGCCCAGAGAGGCUCCUUCUCCAAGACGUCGGCGUCCGUGGUGCUGGACGGCCUGGUGGACAAAGUGGGGGAUGUGAAGUGUGGGGGUAAGGCCAAGGAGGGGCUGACCGCUAUCGGAGAGGCCUGCUCUCUGCCUUGGACGGCUGAACAGGUGGUGUCUAUGGCUUUCGCUCAGAAGAAUCCUAAGAACCAAGCGGAGGCCCUCAACUGGUUAGCCAAUGCCAUGAAGGAAUUUGGAUUUGCUGGGAUCAAUGUGAAGGGGUUCAUCAGCCAUGUGAAGACAGCGUUGGGGGCUACCAACCCAGCAGUGAGGAUGGCAGCCAUUGCUCUGCUGGGGGUCAUGUACCUCUACAUGGGCGCUCCGCUCCGCAUGUUCUUUGAAGACGAGAAGCCUGCGCUGCUGGCACAGAUAGAUGCCGAGUUUGAAAAGAUGCAAGGCCAAUCCACCCCCGCCCCAUUUAGAGGCACCAAGAAAGGAGCAGAAGAGGUGGGGGAGGAGCCUGACGAACAGCAGCAGGAGGAGGAGGGGGGAGCAGUUGACAUCAUGGAUCUCCUCCCCAGGACUGAUAUCAGUGACAAGAUCACAUCAGACAUGGUUUCCAAGAUCGGAGACAAGAACUGGAAGAUUCGGAAGGAGGGUCUGGACGAGGCGGCGGCUGUCAUCUCGGAGGCCAAGUUCAUCCUGCCCCCCUUGGGAGAGCUGUCCCUCGCCCUCAGGGGGCGCCUCAACGACUCCAACAAGAUCCUGGUCCAGCAAACACUAAGCAUCCUCCAACAGAUCGCCACGGCGAUGGGCCCUGGUCUAAAGCAGCACGUGAAGAGUCUGGGCAUGCCCAUCAUCACUGUCCUGGGAGACAGCAAGACCAAUGUGCGUGCGGCUGCCAUGGCGACCCUGCAGGCAUGGGUAGAGCAGACGGGGAUGAAGGAGUGGCUGGAGGGAGAGGACCUAUCAGAGGAGCUGAAGAGGGAGAACCCAUUCCUCAGACAGGAGGUGCUUGGCUGGCUGGCAGAGAAGCUGCCCACCAUGCGUGUGGUGCCUGGAGACCUGAUGCUAUGUGUGCCCCAGCUGUAUGGUUGCCUGGAGGACCGGAACGGAGACGUGAGGAAGAAGGCCCAGGAGGCCCUCCCCAUGUUCAUGAUGCACCUCGGCUUCGACAAGAUGAACAAGGCCACUGGAAAACUGAAGACUUCCUCUAAGGACCAGGUGAUUGUCAUGCUAGAGAAGGCCCGAGCAGUGAUGCCAGCCAAGCCUGAGGCUCCUGCUGGUAAAGCUGGUACAUCUAAGGCCUCCAAUGGAAAAGCUGCUCCAGCUUUGUCCAAAGCCAAGCCAGAGAGUGAUGACUAUGGGUUUGGAGAACCCAAAGCAGAGGCCAAGAAGAUCAAACCAGGAGCUGCAAAAAAGAGCGUGGUGGUCCAGGAGCCGGGCGGUGGCCCAGAUAAAGAGACUGUCAGUAAAGAUAAAAAGGUUUCCAAGGGGAAGCCAGUCAGCCAGCAGGGCUCUGUGGGUAAGAAGCCUCCCGUCAAGGCCAGUGUGAAGGAUGACGAGGACCGCUCUGGCCCCAUUUUCAUUCUGGUGCCCAACGGCAAGGAGCAGAGGAUCAGGGAGGAGAAAGGUCUGAAGGUGCUGAAGUGGAACUUCAUGACUCCCAGGGAUGAGUACGUGGAGCAGCUGAAAACCCAGAUGUCCACCUGUAUGGCCAAGUGGCUGCAGGAUGAGCUCUUCCACUUUGACUUCCAGCGACACGUCAGGGCUAUCUCCACCAUGAUGGAGCGUAUGGAGGAGGAGAGCGAUGCCACCAUCGGCUGUCUGGACCUCAUCCUCAAGUGGUUCACGCUGCGCUUUUUUGACACCAACACCACGGUGCUGAUGAAAGUUCUGGAGUACCUCAAGAUGCUGUUCGCCAUGCUCAGCAGGCAGAACUAUCAUCUCAAUGAAUACGAGGCCUCAUCCUUCAUCCCCUACCUCAUCCUCAAGGUGGGCGAGUCUAAGGAUGUGGUACGUAAAGAUGUGAGGGCCAUCCUGGCCAUGCUCUGUAAGGUCUACCCCGCCAGCAAGGUCUUCCCCUUCCUUAUGGAUGGAACCAAGUCGAAGAACUCCAAACAGAGAGCUGAGUGUCUGGACGAACUGGGUAAUUUGAUAGGGAACUAUGGGAUGAACGUGUGCCAGCCCACGCCCGCCAAGUCCCUGAAGGAGAUCGCCGUGCACAUUGGAGACCGGGACACGUCUGUCCGUAAUGCCGCCCUCAACACGGUGGUAGCGGUCUACAACGUGUGUGGAGAACAGGUCUACAAGCUCAUCGGCAACCUGUCAGAGAAGGACAUGAGCAUGCUGGAGGAGAGGAUAAAGCGGUCAGCCAAGAAGGUCCAGGCUCCGCCUCCCAAGCAGGCAGCCGAGCGGUCCCAAAGGGAGAACCCGCCCAAUCCCACUGCCACCUUCAUAAGGAAGCCUGCCCAGGUGCAGGAGGAGGUGCCUAACAGGCUGAAAAUAAUGUAUCGUACUUAUAGGAUUCAAGCGCGUCAGAACGCCCAUCACGACCAGUCGGCCCCCUUUAUCCCUAAGGAGUUCCAGCUGGACCUGGACAUGAUCGAGAACGACCACACGCGGGUCCGUGAGCUGCCAGACCUGGUCCAGCACAAACUGGAUGAGCUCCUGGAGCCCAUCGUGAUCCCAGAACCCAAGAUUCGCUCGGUCUCCCCCCACUUUGACGACCUCCACAACAGCACGGCCUCCACCAUUAACUUUGUGAUCUCCCAGGUGGCCAGUGGAGACAUCAACACCAGCAUCCAGGCCCUCGCUCAGAUUGAUGAGGUGUUGCGUCAGGAGGACAAGGCAGAGGCCAUGUCCGGUCACAUCGACCAGUUCCUCAUCGCUACCUUCAUGCAGCUGCGUCUCAUCUACAACACACACAUGGCCGACGACCGGCUGGACAAGAGGGACAUUUUCAAGCUCUACAGCUGCAUCAUCGGAAACAUGCUCUCGCUGUUCUCCAUGGAGAGCCUGGCGCGGGAGGCGUCCAUGGGCGUGCUGAAGGACCUGAUGCACGGCCUCAUCACCCUGAUGCUGGACGCCCGGGUGGAGGACAUCGAGGACGGACAGCAGCUCAUCCGCUCCGUCAAUCUGCUGGUGGUCCGGGUUCUGGAGAAAUCUGACCAGACCAAUAUCCUCAGUGCUCUGCUGGUGCUGCUCCAGGACAGUCUAACCACCACAGCAGGCUCUCCCAUGUUCUCUGAGCUGGUCAUGAAGUGUCUGUGGCGUAUGAUCCGGUUCCUUCCGGAAACCAUCAGCAGCAUCAAUCUGGAUCGCAUUCUGCUGGACGUCCACAACUUCAUGAAGGUGUUUCCCAAGGAGAAACUCAAGCAGCUCAAGAGCGAUGUGCCCCACAGGACCCUGAAGACCCUGCUGCACACACUCUGCAAGCUGACCGGAGCCAAGAUCCUGGACCACCUGUCCAUGAUAGAGAACAGGAACGAGUCGGAGCUGGAGGCCCACCUGAGGCGUGUGGUCAAACACUCUGGAAAUCUGUCUGGCUUCAAGUCCGACCGCGGGACCGAGAAGGGAGCCCUCAGAAUGGAUGACAGGAUGUCCAAGGCUAAGGUGAGCGACAUCCUGUCUGAGAUCUUCAAGAAGAUUGGCUCCAAGGAGAAUACAAAAGAGGGCCUGACGGAGCUGUAUGAGUACAAGCAGAACUACUCGGACGCUGACCUGGAGCCCUUCCUCAGGAACACCUCCCAGUUCUUCCAGAGCUACGUGGAGAGAGGCCUGCGUAUAAUCGAGUCUGAGAGGGAGGGCAAAAAUCGCAUCCAGUCCACCGGCUUGGUGAUACCUCAGCAUGGUCUGGACUCUGGCUCAGGGCCCCUCAACACUAACGGGGAGGAACUGAAGCCUGCCGUCUACUAUGAGAGGCUGAAGAUACUCCGUCAACGCCAGGGUCUGGAGAACAACUCCAGGCAGCAGCAGGGUGGUGAGGAGGAGAGAGAGCGCCCCCCCGUCACCUCCCUGCUCUCCAAGCCCUCGGUGGCGUCGUCCACAGACAUGCUCCACAGCAAGCUGUCCCAACUGAAGGAGUCUCGGGAGCUGUACCAGCACGACCCCGCCCACUCCCACUCCCCUACCCGCUCCUCCUCCCCCUCCGCCAACCUCGACGACCUCAAGAAGAGGCUGGAGCGCAUCAAGAGCAACCGCCAGUAGGCCUGCACUGGUUUACCAAAUCAACACACUGUAAUAAAGACCUGGCUCUAAUAUGUACAGGAAAUAUGUCCAACUUGCUUGGGGUGAACUUGAUUUAUGUAGCUGGUCAGAGUUGAAACAGAGGGUAAUGAAGCGCACUAGGAAUCAAAGUGCACCACAAGUUCUCUAUCUCAUAUUUGGGAUGCAUAUAAGGUCUGGGUCUUUUGCCUCUUUAGUCCCCCAUGUAAUCUCACCCUCCCCCCCCCCCCCCCCCCCCAGCCCAUUUGACAUCCUGCUCUUACCCAGGCACUCCUUCUCAGUGCUCACUCUGUGUAUACAUUCAGAAAAAGGAGAAAAAAAAUUGAACAAGUGUCUAAUUGUAUAAAAAUAUAAGUGGACUACUUUGUUUAGCAUUGUGGCACAAUAUGUUUGUAUAUACUCAUGGUCGCUAACCACUCAAGCUUUUAUGUGUCCUGUUAGGGUUUCAGUGUACAGUUUCCACGUGCAGAAUGCUGUAAGAAUGUGUGUAACUUAAAGCUCUUCUUUGUUAGAGAUUUUAGUCAUCCAUGUUCUUAACAUGGUCUCUUCUUCUAAUCUCCCGGCCUCCCAGCCUGUCACCUUCUACUUCACUCUGUUGCUUUUUACGUUUAAGAAGUUCUUGUCAACAUAAACUUGAAGGAUCUGUUCUGUUCCAGAAGUAGAGGAGCAUGGCAUGAAGUAAUUGAUGUUUUGUUUUUUGUAAAUACAUUUUGCGUUACUCCAGGCUGCUUAUUAAAUCUCUGGUUUAAUAAUUCCCGACAUCUGGCGUAUUGUAGCAUAAUGUUGCUAAUUCUGAUGCAUUGUUUUGUAUUAAUUCUAAUGGAAGUAGUCUUAAGAUGUUACUCUUGAGUUUGACUGUAUAAUCGAUAGUGAAAAUUGCAAUAAAGUUUUUUUUUUUUUUUUACAAACUACCAA